CAGACUACCUGGGAUGAAGUUCAUGAAUCGUUUGAUCAUAUGAAAUUGAAAGAAAAUCUACUGCGAGGAAUUUAUGCAUACGGGUGAGUUUUUUUUAAAAAAACUGUUUGUCGAAAUAAAUUGAAUUUGAACAAAGUUCAUUCAGGCACAUGAGCUUUUAAGCGUAUAUCAUUAUAAUAAUGUAAUACCAGUUUAUGGCGUUUGCAGCUUUGAGAAACCAUCAGCAAUUCAACAAAGAGCAAUAGUCCCAUGCUGUAAAGGUUAGUAUAAAUAUUGUAAUUUUAUUGAACAUUUUCAUGACUUUAGCUUGCUUUAUUACUUUACAAUGGAACGCAAGCGAAAAUUUAACUUUCCUAUUUUUCAAAUGUAAUAAAUUACUAAUGGGGCUCUUUUUAAGCUUUAAAAAAUAGUGACCUCUCUUUAUUGAUUUUACGUUAACGGCGAAAAAUCAGCCUUCGCUGAAAACUUUCUCUGUUACAUUUGACUGUUGACGUUUCUGGCUUCUUGCUAGAAAUGGCAUCAGAUACCAUGGCUAGUGAAAUGGUAAUGAUUUGUUCGUCCGAACCAGUCAAAUGUAGAAACGCUUGAUGUUAUUUGUACUUGAAGAACCUUAUUUUACUUUGAGUUAUAACAACAGAAUUGAAAUGAUGCGUAACAGGCAAAGUAGAGACAAAAUAUAUCUUAAAAAACCCAUGAAUUUCUAUUAAAAAAGAAAAGAAGAACCAGAGGGGGCUCAACAAAUCAACAACAGUUUUCCAUGGUCUGUAGUGUUAGGGCUAGGUUCCAUCCAAACGCUAAAGUCGUUCCAAUGCUAAAAAAUAGUUCAGCGAUCUGGCGGUUGAUGGUUUCCAUGUGAUUGCUGUGAUCGCCAUGAUCCACAAGAAGGUGAACGAAGAUCAAGGAGAUCUGUGUCUGACAACAUCUUUCACUCCAUUCAGUUCACAUUCAUGGUAGCACCACCUCUCUUCUGGAACUACAGUCAUACCUUUUUACAUCUUCCUAAAAGAGGCCAAAUUACAGUGGAACCUCAAUUUAACACACCUCUACGUAAUGAAGUCCUUGGUGUACUAAACGAUUUUCUUCAGCCUGGCCAAAAUUACAAUAAAAUGAAUGGAACAGAACUUUGAUAUAACCAACCUUAAUUUAAUGACAUCCUCAGUAUAAUGAACACCAUCCAGAAAAGCAAAUGCAAAAUAUACCUGGAUUAUAACAAAUAAAUGUCAACACAUGACUGAAAGGUAGCUAAAGAUGAAUGCCAAAACAAACCAACGAGGACAAAAUUUAUGUGUACAGUACUUUUAAAUAGUUUUCUUUGCCUGUUCUUGUGUUUCUAGUGCCGUAGCUACGUUCAGCCCUAAACUGACACAAUAGCUUUGUUUACAAAUGUUUAUAACAGAAACUGGUCAGAUCCAGAAAUACUGGGAAUAAGUUAAUCGUUAACUAUUCCUCAAUAUAAUGUACAAAUUUCCCCAGCCCCUUGGCACUUCAUUAAAUCAAGGUUUCACUGUACCCAGACUCGUACCCAGUGGCUUUUUAUGUGUUUUUUGGGGGUGAGAGAAGAUUGGGGUCAGGUUGAGGCGCAUGGGAACUUAUCAGAAGGGACGAAGGAAAAAUAGCGACCAGCAGGUUUUGUUUCAAUAUGGUGGCUUGGGAAGAAAGCUCAUUGUCAGGCGAUGUAAGUAAGGCCUUAAAUGAAGGGCCAUUAGCUUGCCCACACUGCAGCUGUAUUGCAAAUAAUGUCUUUGAAACAACUUCAGAAUACCCGGCCACAAACUUUUGUGUCAAGUUUGGUGAUAUCUUCCAAAAAAUGAACAGUAUUUCAAGCUUUAUACAUACAAGGCAAUUCAAGGUUCGGUCAUUCCAGCUUCAUUUUUGGAUGUAGCACACACUUAUUCAGACAAACUUCGUGGGGAUGAAACAAGAGCCUUUCUGGGACGCAUUUGCCACCACCAUUUCAUGAAGGUAGGAAUUCAAGAAACAGUGCUCUCUUACAUUGAUGUGGUUGAUUCUACAUGUAUUAACUUGCCUGUUAUAAAUUAUUAAUUAUAAUUUCUUUCUGCAACAUCAAGAUGACCCAUCGUUUGUGGAAAGCUGGCGGAAGCUGCAAAACUUAUCGGGCUUUGUUUCCUGCAGGGCUGCAUGGCUAGUUGCAUGGCUCCAUGAAACGAAAUCUGCAAGUCGCUAUUUUUCCUUCGUCCCUUCCCAGGAGUCCCUGCACACCUCAACCUAACCCCAAUCUUCCCUCACCCUAAAAACACAUAAAUAGUGACUUGGUACGAGUUUGCACUGUACCUGCUUUCUCAGCAUUCAUGGUGGCAGAAAUCUUGAAAUGAAUGAGCAUCCAUGGCGCUCUUUGUUAUUUUUGCUGUGGUUAUGAUCGCUGAAGAGUGGUUUGCAUAUAAUUGCUGCAAUUGCCAUGGAACAUUUUUUCUAGCAAUAGCAGGGAUCGUAUGGAAACCAGGGUUUAUCGACCAUAGAAGAGAGGUCAAAAUUUUCAAAACUUAAGUGUAACCACCUGCCUCAGAUAAGUGGUUGCCAAGCAAGGUUUUGAACCUUUUGAUUCCAUUUCUGUUGUUGAUUUAAGCAAUAGAAAACGUUUUCCGUGUUUGCAUAGCCUGAUAUAAACAUGAGAGGGGUAGAAUUCUCCCAGCGCCUCGAGUGUUUAUAUCAGGCUAUGCAAACACAGGAACAAAGUUUUCUAUUGCUUUUAUAAAAUAACUUUCCCGAGAAAAAAACGCAAAACUCUUUGUAUGGCACUGAUUAAAAGAGAAAUUCUUACCAGUCGCAAAAUCUUGUCCACGAAGUCUUGCACGCGUAAUCAGUUCUUGUUUUGCAAAAAGAUGCUUUGCAAAAUACGGAUUUUUCUCGCUUAAAACGGUCAGCUUAAGCGAAGAAAAAUGUACACACCUUCUUCGUAACGAUUUUCCAAGUUUUAGCCGACGAAGGAAUGGGUAAAUAAAGUAAACGUUUUGAGUUUUGAACUCGAAAACUUGUUCAAAUUUGUGCUUGCGUGACUAGCACGCGAAAAGCCAAACAACUUGACGCCACAGCCAUGUUUACAUACUCUGAUGCAAACACUCCUCUCGGCCAAUCAGAGCACGCGUACUAUCUUAGUUAUUUUAUAAAAGAGUAUAGGCCAUGGAAAAUUCUUGUUGAUUUGCUUCUAACAAUAACAUUGACAGUUUUUGAUGUCUAUUAUGGUUGAAGAUUCUAAGAAAAUCGCAUGUGCUAGAAACAGAAAACAAAUUGCUUCUAUUAACGAUAACUGUUGACCAAUCAAUGCAUGAUAAAUCUCUCGGUUAUUGUAAAAUAACAUUUAGUUGUAAGAGUAGUUUUUAAAGCAAUAAGCAUACUGUAAAUGAUAAAAUUGAUGCAAGUUUCAAAUCCAGGGGAUGACGUGUAUUCAUGCAAAGUUCAGAUGGGGCUGUGCUUUGUCAUACUUUUUGUAAACACUUUCCAUAAUUUACAUAAACUAGCAGUAGCCAUUGGGUAGGAAGUGCGGGCGAACAUUUGGGUUCACCUUGGAGUAGCGAUUGAUGAAAACUGCUUUAAUAAUUGUGUAGGUAAAUCAGAGAAAGCCCUUUCACAAAAGGAAUCACUGCAGAUCAUGAAAACUGGAUUGAACGACAUAGUAGACAGGACUUAUAUUUAAUUCAAGGAUUUUAUUCACAGUUGGUUAGAUACAAUUAGCCUGCGAAUGGUGAGGAGUGAGAAGAGAUGGCUCUAUUCGCUGGCAAAGAUACAUUGAAACAGUAAUGUGUGUCACCAGUAAUAGUGUGUGUACAUGCGGUCAUACUGCAAGAAGUCUUAUUAUUUCAUCGAACAUUCAGUCCAUUUUCAAUGACCAAAAACCCUUGAUAUGCAAUAGAUAAUAUUGAAACAGCUAAAAUUAACACCAGAGUUUAAAGCUUAUUGAAGCUUUUAGAUGACAAGCAACGUAACAUACUUGGAAACGUUAAAAAUAUAAAAACCAUGCACUGUAGUGAAACGUGAAUAAACUUGAUUAACAUUGAUUUCUAGACUUGCUAACACUCCUCUGCUUUCAUUUUCCUGGGUGAAUAGAUUUCAGGCCUAGAAGGUGAAUCGAAAAGUCUCUCAUUUAGUACAGUGCUUGUGUACCUGCAUUACGUGUGCUUGCAAAUCAUAAUAAUGAUUGUUGUGUCACUUGCAUGUGCAUUCAUGUGAUUAACGUGACAUCAGACGAACCUUAAAUGCAACACCAGGGCCUUCGUGGCGACAUAUCAUGCAUUAUUAGUCGGUACAACACGGGCAGCCCAAGAAUGUGGACAGAUUCGGAGAAAAGCUCGCUAUAGAGUCCAAUGAAUGCCACUCACCAAGAAUAGGUUGUGGGCUCCUUUUGUUGCCUGUAAAAAAUUCCUAAAAAAUUCCCCACCCUUUAACCCUUUAAGCCCCAAUAUCCACAUACAAAUUCUCUAAACUAAUCUCUAUACAUUUCGUUCAUGGAUGGGUUGAGAGAAUUUGAUAAAAGAUCAAGGCAUUUUCUCUUAGGUGAUCAAUUUAUUAAUUCUCAUAACCUAAUCUCUGGACAAUCUAUGGAUAUGGUUAGGAGAAAAUUGAUGUUGGUCACCAUUGGGACUUAAAGGUUAACUGCAUAUACCCAGCAACUUGAAAUUUUAGUGACAGCCCUGUAUUUUCGAUGAAGAUGGAAUAGUUGCUGGUGUUGAAGAAGUUGCACCUUUAUUGUUAGGAGAAAAUAUAUGUUGGUCACUAUUGGGACUUAAAAGAUUAAGGAGUGUUAUGGGAUGCCCAGAAGGCAUGAGCAGGAUCUGAUAUUCUCCCAUAAUACUCCUUAAAUCUGAUAAAUUCAUGAUAGCCGCCAUAUCGGUAAAAAGGUCUAUUUUCAGAGGCUGUUGCAAUUGCUACUUUUGAGACAUACGGCUGAAAAUUGAAGGGAUACCUAAUGUAUACUCUUUCAGCUGAGUGAGUUCUCCUUACAAAUCCUUAAUUCUGAAAUUUUUAAACUUUUUUAAGUCUCUCCUUUAUGCAUUUCAGGUCUCAAAUUGCCUGUUAUUAAUAUUAUUAAAAGGAGUCUUGAACCCUGUAAUGCUUUUAAAGGAAAAAAAUUUCACAACAGAUUGAAAAUUUCGAAAUUUAGAAGGAUUUGUAUGGAAAACCAUUCAAGCAUGACUGUGUGGCAAAAGUUGUUUUUCUCAUACAAAUCCUUCUAAUUUGCGGCAGCUUUUGCAAUCACUACUUUUGAGGUAUAUGGCUGAAAAUUAAGAUACCUUAUGUAUGCUCUUUCAGUUGUGCUAACAAAAUUGUUAGUACUGUUUUUAUGUUUACCAAAAGUGAACACGUGAUCAACUAAUGCAAAAGGCCUAUUGUUUUAUCACACACCAAUAGCGAUAGUUGUCCAUGAUAUGGACUGGGUUUGAGUCUAAUAAUGCCGUGUCAACUUUUUUCUUUCAAACAGUUUCUCUUAUUUGCUUGUUUGGCCAAGCAAGAGUGAUCCUUUAAUGUAGGCCGCCUAUUAAACAUGAUACGACUUUCUUAUUGCAGUUUUGUUUUACAGGACUUGAUGUCAUUGCUCAAGCGCAGUCAGGUACUGGAAAAACUGCCACAUUCUCAAUUGCUAUUCUUCAGCAGCUUGAUGUAACAUCUCGCCGGUGCCAAGCCCUUAUUUUGGCUCCAACCAGGGAGUUAGCCCAGCAGGUAUUUGUACUCAGUAUUUCUUCUACCUAAAAAGAUUAGGGACCUGACAAUCCUUAAAAUGACAUUCAUUACCUGUAAUACUUCUUGUAACAUAUUAACAAGUAUGUUGUUGCAAUAUUUCAGUGUGUGCAGGGGUUUCAUUAGGGGCCAGACACCAGUGAAAUUGACCAGCUGUGAAUGCAGCUUUGCCGGCUGCUUAAGGUGUUACAAAAGGCUAAAACGCUUAGAAAAACAAGCAUUUUUGAUGACUUUCCCCUAUUUUGGUGAAAAAUUAUGUAGAAGGUUGUUAAGUUAAUUUCCUGUAGAUUCAAAAUCAUAAUUAGAGAUCAUAAUUAGCAAAUUAGCUAAUUGCUACCUAUUUGAUGCUCUUUAAGGUAGCUCCAAAACAGUUUUUUGUGUUGUUUUUUGUAGAUUCAGAAAGUUGUGAUUGCUCUGGGUGAUUACAUGGAUGCCCGGUGUCAUGCCUGUAUUGGUGGAACCAAUGUCAGAACGGACAUCAAAACGUUGAAAGAAGAGGGAACUCACAUUGUUGUUGGAACUCCAGGCAGAGUUUUUGACAUGAUAUCAAGAAAUGCCCUUCGUGAGUCUCUCCUUGUUUUAUAGGUGCUACGAGAAGAAUUGUUAUAUUCCUAGACUUUCACUCAACUAAACAGGGACAGUCAUUGUCUGAUUCUUUGUCACAUGGCCUUGACUAAAAUCAAAUGUAUCGCGAUUGUGAUACAUUAAGCAAUGUACCCUGCUUGGGAUACAUUACAGCAUGUGAUCAAAGCAUGGUGGAAAGUGGCGUGACAGAAGGCAGGAAAAAAACCCUGCCAGUUUUCUUUUUCGUGAAUGAACACAACAACACAAACAUGAAGCCUCAAGCUGAAAAGCAACAAUUUUCAAAGUUAUCCAAGAAGAGAAACAGCAGCUAGUGGAUGAAAAAAAUGCGGAUAAUAUAAGGAAAGUACUUUGUAAAUCAUUCAUUCAGUGGUUUUUGAGAAUUAAAUUUGUGUUCUUAAAAGUACCAAGUCUACUGUUUUGAUUCGCUCUGCUUAAGCGUAUUCUUUUGUUGCUGCUGAAGUACAUUGAAUUGAAACUCUAGAAAUAUAACAAAACACUUAAUGUCAGGUCCCUCGGGAAACCAGUUAGUUUCGUUUUCCCUCGUGGACUUCAUCUCGGGAAACAUCAGGACUCUUGGGAAAACAGUACUAAUUAAGUGUAUAUUAAUACCCUAUUCUCUUGUGUACAGGUUGUGCCUUAUUUGGGUUACAAUGGCAUUGUAGACUGAUUUUUGGGCAAAUAGUAAUAAUUGUACUAACAGAAAUUGCAAUCUUUGUUGUCAAGAAACUGAUACUAUCAAGAUGUUUGUUUUGGAUGAAGCUGAUGAAAUGUUAUCAAGAGGCUUCAAGGAUCAGAUAUAUGAUGUUUUUCAAAAGAUACCUUCCAGUGUACAGGUGAGGAAAAGAUGCAUUCUGGCCUUGUGUCAUCAUAUCAACUCAAACAAGUGUGGUCCACAAAAUAAGCACCACCUUUAUCAGCAAAAAUACAUGUACAGUCAACUCCCUCUAAGAUGGACACCUCUGGGACCAGCAAUAAGUGUCCGUCUUAGAGAGAUGUCCGUCUUAUAGAGAGUCAAAUAAAGGAAAUAAAGAAAGGCAGGGACCAAUUCUGGGUGUCUGUUUUACAGAGGUGUCUGUCUUAUAGAGGUGUCCGUUAAGAGAGAGUCGACUGUAUUAAUAAGUGCCAUGCGGCAGGUCGAGCACAGUCUUGACUGCGGGGUGGAAGAUCAUGGGUGCGAUUCCUGGGACCAGACCAAUACUCGGGGUCUUUAAAAAAAAAAAGGGAAAUGAAGGCACCCCCUGUGCCCUGCAAACAGCUAGACCUUUGCGUGGCUCAGAUGAGCAGGUAAAAUUUUAGAAGGAGACAUAAAAAAUAGAGUCCUCAAUUGGUAGUUUCGUGCUAAAUACAUUAACUCUCAAAUAAAGAACAUUGCAUUACUUCAUUUCUGAGUAGGGGUUGCAUUCUUCCAAUAACAAUGUGACACUGAUUAAUUUGUCACACUCUUUAAUGUUGAAUUAAUUACUACCAUUUUAACUUAUUUUAGUCUAUGCUUGUCAGGUUUUGUUGCUUUCAGCUACAAUGCCCCAAGAUGUUUUGGAGGUGACCAAAAGAUUUAUGCGUGAUCCAGUUCAAAUCUUAGUCAAAAAAGAAGAAUUAACCCUUGAAGGUAUCAAGCAAUUUUACAUCCAUGUAGAAAAAGAGGUGGGUGAAUUAUGUUCCAUAGUAGAUAUAUUUUUAAAGUUGAAACCUUCGUAAAAGUGAUCACAAAAUGCCAAAGCUUUUGUCUGCUUUGUAGAGUUGGAUUUUGUUGUAAGUUAGGUGCAAAAUUCUUGAAAAUUUUUGGCUUGGCCCAUUCAUCCCUGGACCGUCCGUAACUGUCCAUGUGGAUCCACGUCUCUUCUAUCACUUUUGAUGUCAUCAGUUUUAAGGGUCAUGAACAACUUUGUCAGCUAGCUUGUGCAGGGUCAAGAGAUCUUUCAAACCACACAAGAACUAGCCUUGCCAAAAGGCGAACUCACUGGGCUGCUUACACUAGACAGGAACAAGAAUUGCCGAAAGGCGAUUUUUAACUGGGCUGCCAAUGGGCUAUUUUUUCUGAGGGGAAGGGGCGGCUAUACAUACUCAGGCUACAAUAAAACCUUGUCGCCGACCAUUGCAUGAGAGAGAAUCUCAUGUGAGACUGAAACAUAAACUCAUUCAGAACAUUGUACCCUUUUGAAAGACGUUCAUAACAAAAAAAAUGAGUACCAUUUGUAAGUGGGGGCUGUAUAAUAACUUUUACAUUUUACGAUUAUGAAUAAAAAUAAACAAGUUAGUCAUUAAUUCUAAGCAGGAAACGAUUUGCAUUAUUUUCACGCACCCCUCCCCGAAUCCCUCUGUCUCCCAAAAUAUAGUGUGACAGUAUAACGUGACUAAUUUUACGUAACCGGAAAUUCCAAAAAUAAUUGUCAUUCUACGAGUAUAAAAUGCGACAGGGUCAGCUACUUGCCACUGGGCUAAUUUACAUGAGACAGAAAUAUAUUGUAUUGGAUGAAACCCUGAUCUAGGGGCCUCACUGAUUGCACUGAGACUUAAAAUAGACGAUCCUAGUUUGCGGUUACAGUCUACAUGAAAAUGCACUAAUUUUUGGACAAGAUAAAAAAUAUUCAGUUUUAAUAUUUUCCUUUUGGUAGUUUUCUCUAACUUAAAGGAAUAACAUCCUUUGUAUUUUGUGACCUAAAAAGUUUAAAGAUUUCUCGCUCACAUGUUGCUUUCAAAUCAGCACGCACUUUAAACAAUGUAAAUAGAUGAAAAGAUUGAUAACAUAUUUUUUUACCUGAAACUGAUAUGAGUUAAAAAUUCGCUCGAGUUCACUGUUUGUCUCACGACACCCAUGACUAACUUUUCUUCAUGGCAGAUAACUAUGCCGCUUUAUAACUCCUCCAAAGUUUUUUUGCCAGCUAAACAAUAUGGAAACACCAUUCACAGUCCUUGGAUAUUAAAAAGACUGAACGUAACGCACAAUGUGCCCUUGUUUACCUCUGAUCACAUCUCCAAGCGAACUCUCUCUUUCCAAGCGAUUCAUUUCAAUGCACACUAAUUGACCCUUAUAUUAAUUAAACCCCUUGGUUCAUUCAUAUUAAAACUGCUUUUGCCCCUCACAUUUACUGUGUUCAUUCGUAUUCAAAACACCUUUAGGAAAAUAAAGGUUGUGUAAGUCGUGUAUUAUGUUUCGAGAUAAAUGGACUGUACUCUUUUUUAAGUUCCCAUUUUGCGGUGACUUCAGUUUACAUCUCCAUAAAGUGGCGAAAAUUUUCAAAGGCAUGUUUUUUGAAACUUGCUUAUACUGACAUCAAUGCAUCUGAUAUAUGGUGCUUGCUGAAUGGGCAAAAACACAGAAUUGUGAUCACAAGAUCAUGUACAAAUUUAAUGAUAAAAGCUUAGCAAGAUACAGAUACAAACAAAAGCAACCCCCCUGAAACCUUGACCUGCGCUACACUUGUAUGCUCUACUCACUCACCGAACCUUGUCAGUAAUAGCUCUUAUUUUCCUCAAGUCGGUCUUUGUGAAGCUCCCAGAUGGGAUGUUCCGGUGAAGCCUUGAACUUGUGUGCAAAAUUCUCAGAGUUCCUAUUUUUGUCUGUGUCUUCUUUAUCCUCAGUAUCCAAAAUUUAGAAAGUGGCGUGUGUUGCAUUAAAUAGAAGGAAAUAUUUAAAGGAAAAGCCAGUCUUCUAACAUGGCGAAGUUGUCAGGAUUCAUCUGACAUUCAUCAGCAACUGAGUUGUUCGCUUCACUGUGUACAACAGCUUACAAUCAAGUCUUCAGCCAUAGUGUCAUCAGCUGGUGAAAUACUUUGCUCAUAACUUGUGCUUAUUAAUUGCUCAUGUACUACAUUGAUCAAUAAUUCUCUUUUUGAGUUCACGAAGCGGCCCUGGCGUUCCAAACCUAACGCUUACAGUCAUCUUUUAGUGUGAACCUACCGUGAACGGCAUGUGGGUUUGUAUGCAACGUGAGCAUUUCUCUGAGUUUCCCAGUGCCAACAACAUCAACUGACUUAAACUCGAACAAUAAAAAAAUUAUAGAGUGACUCCUAUGAUCGAAUCCCUUCGAACAACGCAAAUAGCCUUCUUCAGGUUCGCAACGCCUUCUGGGUUUCUGGGGGCAGAGACGAGGUACAAAAAGUAUUCGUGCAAGGGUCCGUGCAAGGGAAAAUCGUAUGAAACCAUUUGUGAGAACAUAAUUUCUCGGUACCAGACCCUUGUGUCUUCCCUCCCCCGGGAGGCCAUUUUUCUACAAAAAAACCGAAUUUAUAACUGGGCUGCACAGGCAGCCCAGUAACAAUGUAUUGCUUCAAAAGGAUAACUUUACUAAUACAGACAGCCAACUGCCCAUUGAUCCCAAUCCACGGGCCUCAUUGAUUGCACUGACACUUUAAAUAGUCAAUCAUAAUUUGCGGUCUACAGUCUGAUGAAAACGCAUAAUUUUUUUUCCACAAGAUUAAAGUAAUCAGUUUAUAAGAUUUUUCUCGUUAUUUUUCUGCGACUUAAGGGAAUUAAAUCCUUUGCAUUUUGUGACCUAAAAGAGUUUAAAGAUUUCUAGCUCAUGUGUUUAUUUCAUCACUUUCAUGCACUUUCAACAAUGUAAAUAGAUGAAACGAUCAAUAACACAUUUUUUACCAUAAUGUUAAUAAAUUAUGAGUUGAAAAUUUGGUUGAGUUCAAUGUUUGUUUCAGCCAUGAGUAACUUGUUUUCAAGGCAGGAAAUUAUCCUGCUUUAUAACUCCUCUGAAUUUUUGUGCUAGCAACACAAUAUUGAAACACUAUGCACACUCCCUGGGUAUUAAAAAGACUAAGCAAACUGCUAGAGUGGGUGUGGUGUGUGUGUGUGUGUGGGUGUGUUUAGGCAAGGGGGGAGGAAGGGCUGCAAGGACAGGUUGUUAACCAUUUACAAAAAGUUUCCUGAAAAAUCCUGUUGAAGAAUUAAAUGGGACAUAGCUUUUUGGGUCAUUCCAGUGGAAAAGUUCCAGAACAACAGAACAUCUGGUAUUCCUGUCCAAAAGGUAUUCCAGAUGGUAUGUUUCAAACAGACAAUUUGUGUUCUAUAAUUUUGUUAAAACCCAUCUAGUUUCAGGCUUUCAUGACCGUUUUUCAGUACAAGGAACUGAGUACAAGGAAAUUUACAAGUCCUGAACUUUUCUUUCCAUUUGCCUUAACUGUUUAACUAAGGAGUCUGCCCAUGUAAAUGGUAAACAACCAAGAUGUCAGUAAAUGACAUGUAGUAGUAACUAAAAGGAGAAUAAAGAAUCAUUUUAUAAAUUUAGAUCCUUUUUUUUAGGACUGGAAACUUGAGACCUUGUGUGAUUUGUAUGAGACUCUUACAAUUACUCAAGCUGUGAUUUUCCUGAACACAAGAAGGAAAGUGGACUGGCUCCAGGGGAAAAUGAUGGAAAAGGACUUCACAGUUUCUUCUAUGGUAUGUCAUAUUUUAUAAGGUCAUAAAGUACAUAUUGAUCUUUGUGUACUGUUUUUUUGUUUUUCUAUGAACAAGCUGUAAAAGCAGCAACACUAGACAUUGACCCCCUUUACACGCGCUAAAAAAAAAUCGGCACAGCACGCCAAAUUUUUGGCACCGUGCCUUGUUUACCAGUGCUGAGACUACCUCUUUCACACUAUUCUCCAGUAACGUUACACCUUUCUCCUGCUACUAGAAUUCUUAAUGAAAACCUUGAUAGAUGAGAACAUUUAAAAUGAGGAGGAGGAGGAGGAGGAGGAGGAGGAGGAGGAGAAGGAGUGGAGGCAAUGAGGAGGCAAAGCCAUUUCUUGACAAUCAUGAGCCUUAAAUAAAAGCAAACUCUAAAUCUACAAUCUACAUAAUCAUCAUGUUGUAACUGUUUACAUUGUUUACUUGCUGCAUUUCUAAUGAGGAUAUCAUUAUUCUACUAUGUUUUGUAGCAUGGUGACAUGGAUCAGAAAGAGAGAGAGGUGAUCAUGAAGGAAUUCCGUUCUGGUUCCAGUCGAGUGCUCAUCACUACUGAUUUGUUGGUAAAUGAAUGUUUGUUUUUCCUCAUCGAGGCAGUGCUCUGUAAGAGGAAUGUUGCUUUCAUGUGCUGUGGGUCUUUAUCAGAAUCAUUAACGUGCUGAUUGUCUUCAUAAGAUACUAUACAACAGUUGAAGCAUGUCAUAUUGAAUAAUUUACGCAGAUGAUCAGCAAGUUUGUGGUUCUGAUAAAGCAGCAAUACAUAUAGAAUGGAUAGUGAACUUACCACAUUGGUUCACUGGUAUGCCAUAAAAUUAUUAAUGUGUGAAGGUAAAUCCUGAGAGGUCUUUAAGCUACAUGUAUGAUUUUGGAUGGGGGAAUUGUGAGUCACUGAAACUGUUUCCUGUUGUCUUGUGCUGUGGAUUGCAAGGAUGGACGUGGAUUGAAACUUAAAAGCAUUUGGCCAAUUUUCCCAAUUUUUAAUGCUUUUCAUCAUGCAAAAAUCACCUAAAAUUAUUUUGGUUGGUGAGACUUUAUUUAUAUUUUCUUCAUAACUCUAAGUAAUGACCUUAGCACAAAAUUAACCUAAAACAGCUAUAUCUUCAUGACAUAGCCCCUUUGAAAGACUAAAUCUAAUGUAAUGUGGAUUCUAUUUUUACAGGCACGUGGUAUUGAUGUACAACAAGUUUCUUUGGUUAUAAACUAUGAUUUGCCUGGGAAUCGUGAAAACUACAUUCACAGGUUAGGAAUGAGCAUGGAAUCUGUUCUUAACAAUAUUUGGAGUUUCUUUUGGUGUUUUGGGGUAAAAAUAUUUUCUUCGAGGCUUGGCAGUGUCUUCAUAUCAUAAAUUUCCCAAAGUUCCCUUAUACAAUUUUUCUUAUACUGAAGAACAAACAUUACAAAAUGAAAAUUGGCAAACAGUGAUUUUCGAAUAAGUUUCUUUCAAGUGGUAGAUGCAUGACGAAUUUUACAGUUUUAUGUUUAACAGAAAAACUGAAAAAAAGAUUGAAAAGAGUUCAUAUGAUUUUGGGGGACGCGGUUACAAAAUUACAGACAUUUGUAUGGAUCUUUAACCGUGUUCCAAGAAUCAUAACUUGAUCCCUGUUCAACUUUAGAGCACCAAACCCUGUCAAAUAACCAAUCUCAACAUGACCUUUUAUAUGGUUGUGUCAGUUUAUCGAUUAGUUUAAAUUUGAAACUCGCCCCAGUUCCCUACGCAACUCCGAAAUUCUCAACUUAUCGAAAAUUUUGCUUUUUAGGAUUGGUCGUGGUGGUCGUUUUGGCCGUAAAGGUGUUGCUAUCAACUUUGUUACCGAUGAGGAUAAACGUAUUUUGCAGGAUAUUGAAACGUUCUACAACACAGUAAUAGAGGAAAUGCCUAUGAACGUGGCGGAUCUUAUCUAA